CGGCCUGCCGGGGAGAUGGUCUCCGUCGGUAUCCUGAGCGAGGCCCGGAACAUGGAGGUGUACGUGGGCGAGGAGUACUGCGGCACCAGCCGGGGCGAGAGUCUAGGCGCCGCCUGGGCCCCGGGUGAAACUGAAAAGGUUACUUUAUACCAAAAGUACCUUAAGUUUGAAUGCCCUGCAGCCUCCUGUAGAAUUAAGCUGCUAUCCAUUGGUGAGAAGCAAAGGGUGCUCAUCAGUAAAAUAAUUGUACAAGUGAAAACGGUGUCUGCAAAGCCAGCAACAGAUUUUCCUCCACUAGGCUCAAGCAUAGAUCUAGACAGAGUGCAAACUAUCAUGGAAUCCAUGGGAUCUAAGUUGUCUCCAGGUGCUCAGCAGCUCAUGGACAUGGUCCGAUGUCAGCAGAAAAACAAUUUACCUCUCGGAGACAGACUUGACUGGAUCUUGGGGAAACAUUCAGCCUUUGGAGGUGACCAUGUAAGGGAUGGGUUGCAAAGUGCAGCUGUUCAGAUCUCACAGGAUCAAGCGUCUGGUGAACCUUUCCCUGUUAGAAAUCAUUCAACGGGUGAAACAGGAUCUGAAGGCUUAAAAACAAGUGAUAUGAACACACAGCUGCCUGAAGGAGAGAAGACUUCUGAUUCUGAAGGACUUGCUACCCAGCUUACUACCCAGCAAAAUACAGUUGACCUCAGAAGUUAUUGUAAAGCGCUGGGGUCGCUGGGCACGCAGAAACAAGUGAGUGACCUCCCCCGAGUAGCGAAUCCCCAGGUGCUGCUUCCUUUCCUGCAGAACUUGUGCAGUCAGGUGAACCACCUCCGGCUGAAGGACAGUGACAGGCAGCUUGGCAGAAGUGCAGUGACCAGAGAGGAAGGCGUUCAGCGUGCUGGGGUAGAGCAGCAGCCUAUUUGCUCCUAUUUGGAAAAGAUCAUUUCAAAAAAUAUGGACCUGAUGGAGAGAAAACUAAUGGACUAUAUUGAUCGUCAGAUCCAGGCUCUUCAGGCACACAUAGAUGAUAAAAUAGUUCUCUUAAUGGACUUGGUGCAGAACUCAAAGCUAAACAAAAUGCCAGAAGCACACUAUGAUUCCAGUGAGGGCUUCUCUAAUGGAGAGAGAUAG